AUGGAAGUUUCUGGUGGUGCCGAGGAAGGUUUCGUGAGGGAAUGGGCCCCUUGUUCGCAUAUUUUAAAUUUAAUUCCGCCUAGGAUACAGACGGGGAUAUUUUCGAACGAGUUGUGCCUAACAUGUGUGGAUGCGGUGAGCGAGUACAUAGCCCUGGGGACCAACGUUGGGCUGGUGUAUUGGUACGAUCGGAAGAAAGGCAACAUUCAAAGACUGCGUUGCGAGGCAUCUACAUCUCCCAUAACGUAUGUGAAGAUAGUUAGCACAGUGGACUAUAUGGUGGGUGCGGGCAAUGCUGCCGGCCAGGUCAAUGUUUUCCAAAUACCUAAGGAGCAUCCCGAGAAUGUACCUGACACAUUUAAACCUAAAGUUGAACCCAAAGUUGAAAGAUACACAAUAGGAGAUUUACACAAAAGUAAAAUUACAGCAAUAGAGUGGUCCAAAAACGGUAUGAGACUGUUUUCCGGCGACAAGAACGGCGUCAUUAUUAUGACUGAAAUAGAUUUCUAUAUGCACCUCUGUAAAUCAAUGGAGAUUGUGAACGAGGAACACGAGAUAGUACAGAUGAGUUACUAUCAGAACAGCUUGUUGGUAUCGAGUAUGUAUCGGACCAUCGUCUGCGAGCGACGCGACGGACGCUGGCAUGUCAACCAACUUGGCAAGAAGGAACGAAAGAGCCUGUGUGCCCUGGGCGCAGUGUUCCAGUACUCGUACGCUCGUGGUGGACCCGUGGCGGCAUACUGCGCCCGCCCCGGACUCAGACUGUGGCGGGCAGACACACAGGGGAACGUACUGCAGACACUACUGUUUAAGGUGAUACACUGUAUACUUUAUUACAUACUGCGCCCGCCCCGGACUCAGGCUGUGGCGGGCAGACACACAGGGGAACGUACUGCAGACACUACUGUUUAA